AUGUCUAUCGUUAUGAAUUACAUGAUGACAUAUGAUGUCAUACCUGUACCAUGACAUCAUUGGCAGACUUCUUGAAGGUGGGUGUUUGCCAGCCAGAUUCAACUUCGAGAUUCAAAGACCACAGCUACUGCAAGCGUCCACGGAUCGGAAAGAAAGAAAGAAAAUGUUCAGAAAUCAGAGACACUUCGCGCCCCACCCAAACCAGGGAUUCUACCAUCCUCAUGGAAAUGCUCAUUUCGGAGGGAAUCAGCUUUUCCAGUUAAACCACCCAUAUCCAGCCCCUGGUAUGGUACAACAAGCCUACACCCCAAACUGGGUGCCACAGAAUUACUGUGUCCCACCCAACCACCCUAAUCACCAAGCCUAUGCCCCACAAAGAAACCCAAAUUGGGGCUACCAAAAUUGGAAUGCCCCCCCACCACCUCCUCACCAUGGAAACUUCAAUCAGGGACUCCAAAAUGACCAUGUCCCCGUAAACCAUGCAACUGGAGGGAACCCCUCAUAUCCAACUGGCCCUGCCCCUGACAGGAGCUUGGAUCAGAGACACAGUAACCAUCCUG